CAAAACUCCUAGCUUUGUUUCGACAUCGUUCAUCGUUUUAGGCAGUAAGAGGAGAGGGGGGAAUGAUCAUGAUAAUAGGACAUAUUCAAUCACAGAGAUCUCACUUCCUGUUUCUACCAAUCCAAGUGAGUUCAUAUGACCCCUUGGAGACAACUUGAAGCAAGAGUAAAUUCUCAUGCUAUGUUGGCUUAAGUUGGACGCACAUGGAUACCUUAUCUUUGUAGUAUUCUUAGUGUAUAUAACAUAGUUCAAAAGCCUCGAGUCUCUCUUUGCACCUCCUCCUCGACUUUGCACUACCGAUGUCCGUCAGAGCCCGCAUUCUUGGUCGACAAGCCUCAGCCGUCUCUGUUGAUGGCUCAGUGACUGAUCUACCGGCUGUAACUCCUGGUGUGCAAACUACAACGAAUUCCGAUGCAGUUUCGGUCGAUGGGCCGGUGACAAUGUUGCCUCCGGAAAGUCCAGGGUUACAACCUGCCAGUGCAACUGUCACAUCGGACUUGUUCACACUCAACACUUUUGGGAUAGGCCUGCCUACCCCUGCGGCGACAAAUUCCAGCGCUGCGACAUCUUCGCUUGACGGAGGAGCUAUCGCUGGUGGAGUCGUGGCUGCGGUAGUAGUGGCCGUUAUUGCAGUGGCCCUCUUAUUGCGCUAUCGGAACAAACGUUCGUCCCGUCACUGGAGAAAUAGAAUCAAGGGAGGAGCUUUUGGACUACCCCACAACAGGUCCGGAUGGCAGAAUUUAGAUAUAAAGUCUGAUGCUGUCAAUGGUGAUUCGGGAUCCCAGGCUGGUCGUUCUAAUCUCCUGGAUGACCACAAGUCCCCGAUCACCUCUCCAGUCACAGCCAAGUUCUCUACGCCGCUAAUGACUUACCCACCGGGUGCUUCCCAUCUACCAAACGAGAAGGAACUUGAAUCGAUGAGGAUCUAAUGACUGCGAAUCUGUCCAAAGUUGUUGUGCAUGAGCAGUUUAGAGUCUGUAGGAUAGCGUUGAUGUGUUUUUAUGAAUGAGCGUUGUGAUCGCGGCAUCUUCCCAUCAGCGCCAUCAUGAUGAAAGUCGCGCUAGCCUUUUUCAUAGUAUCUUGCGCCACACUCUUGAUUCCUUUCAGUCAUUGUUAUCCUGGCGAGUUCACGAAUGUCAUUCCUAUCUCUCGACGCUCUUCGCAGAGUAAGCGAGGUUUGGCGGGAGAUUUCGAUGU